AUGGCGGCUUUACGGCCGUGUCGUCAUAACAACGGGACGGGGCUCGGCGGGGAACGCGCCCGCCGCGCGGAGGUUCCGGGCGCCGGCGGGAGGUGUCGGGGCACGGUCCCUCCGCUGCCCCCGGUGAUGGCCGGACCCCGAGCCCCGGCGGAGCGGAGCCCGGGCGGUUCCCGACGAGUUACCGCGGAGUUGCCUAACGCGUUACCGAACGAGCCCCGGCGCGCCCUGGCCAAUAGCAGCGCUCGGGGGGCGGGCCCUCGCGCCGGGCGGCCAAUGAGAGCGCAGCGCGCCGGGCGCCAUCGGCGGCGACCGGGCGGCCCGCGGCGCUGCCGGCGGCUGGAGGGCGAGGCGGCGCGGGCCGUGCUCGCCAACGCCGACACGCUGCUCUUCGACUGCGACGGCGUCCUGUGGCGGGGCGAGGCGGCCGUGAGCGGCGCGGCGGAGGCGCUGGGCCGGCUGGCGGCGGCGGGCAAGCGGCUGUGCUACGUGACCAACAACAGCGGGCGGACGCGCGCGGCCUACACCGAGAAGCUGCGGCGCCUCGGCUUCCCGCCCGCCGAGCCCCGGCACAUCUUCAGCUCGGCCUUCUGCGCCGCCCGCUACCUGCGGCAGGCGCUGCCGCCCGGCGCCGCCGCCUACGUGCUGGGCAGCGCCGCGCUCGCCGCCGAGCUGGAGGCCGUGGGCAUCCCGCACCUCGGGCCCGGGCCCGCCGCCCUGCCCGGCCCCGCGCCCGCCGACUGGCUGCAGGCUCCGCUGGACCCCGCCGUGCGCGCCGUGCUGGUGGGCUUCGACGAGCACUUCAGCUACGCCAAGCUGUGCCAGGCGCUGCGGUACCUGCUGCGCGGCGGCCCCGAGUGCCUCCUGGUCGGCACCAACCGCGACCACCGGCUGCCGCUCGAGGGCGGCGCCGGCAUCCCCGGGACGGGGUGCCUGGUGAAGGCCGUGGAGACGGCGGCGCAGCGCGAGGCGUUCAUCGUGGGCAAGCCCAACCGCUUCAUGUUCGACUGCGUGGCCGGGGAGUUCCGGGUGGACCCCGCGCGCACCAUCAUGGUGGGGGACCGGCUGGACACGGACAUCCUGAUGGGCAACAGCUGCGGCCUCACCACGCUGCUCACCCUGACCGGGGUGACGGCGCUGGACGAGGUGCGGGGCCACCAGGACAGCGGCUGUCCCGCCAGGCACGGCCUGGUCCCUGACUACUACGUCGACAGCAUCGCCGACCUGCUCCCGGCCCUGGGGGAGUAACGGGGCCCGGGGGCGGCCCGGGCAGCGGCCCCGUGGCAGUAACGUGCACGCUAGGUGCUCCCGGGGUUAGAACCCUUAGCUUGUCUCCUCGCUGUCCUCUCGGUAUGGUUCUGUUUACAUCUCGGUCUGAAAUGCACUUUGAACAAAGGGGGCACUGCAGGGGCUGGGGCUUGCGGCUGCGUUUAGUUGUGAUGCAGCGCUGCAGUGCAGUUGUAAUGCAUUGAUGCAGUGCAGCUGUAAUGCAUGGAUGCAGUGCAGUUGUAUGCAUCGAUGCAGUGCUGUUGUGCAUCGAUGCAGUGCAGCUGUAAUGCAUCGCUGCAGUGCCAUUGUAGUGCAUCAAUGCAGUGCAGUUGUAGUGUAUUACUGCAGUGCAGCUGUAAUGCAUCCCUGCAGUGCAGCUGUAAUGCAUCCCUGCAGUGCAGCUGUAAUGCAUCACUGCAGUGCUGCUGUAGUGCAUCCCUGCAGUGCCGUUGUAAUGCAUCACUGCAGUGCUGCUGUAAUGCAUCCCUGCAGUGCUGUUGUAAUGCAUCACUGCAGUGCAGCUGUAAUGCAUCGCUGCAGUGCAGCUGUAAUGGUGGUGCUGCACGGCUCCUCUGCGCUGAGCUGGGGAGCUGGAGCUGCUUGGUCUGAGGGGAAGGAUCAUGUCCUGGCUCAGCCCGCUCUGUUCAGGGAAACGACUCUUGGGAUGUGCAGCAGCUCUGGUUGUGGUUGGAAACCCUUGUGGAGCUGGUGUCUGCCCUGUGGGUGACUCUUUUUCCCAGCUGGGGCCCUGGUGAGGGGCACAGCCCCACGUCAGGUCACACAAAUUCAUCUCCUUCGUUUGACCACUGCGCGUUGCACUUGUGAUGCAGAUCGGGGUGAUCCCACACAAUUGCAGGCCUUGGCUGCUGCACACAGUGUGUGUCCAAGGUCGAGAGUCUGUAAAGCACAUGUACACACUGGCACUCCCUGAGCAUAAAGUUAGAAUAUAUUUAAAUUAUAAAUAGAGUCUAUGAUAAUAUACCUUGUUUCCCAGGAGGGAGGAUGAGAGGAAUGUAUUUCACUGAUUUAAUUCUCCUAAACCGUUGCAUUUGGUAAUGCAGAGAGUCUGUAGCCACACAGGACUGUCCCUCAUUCCUGCUGCUGCUUCCCAAAAAUCCCUGGAUCAACGCAGACCAAGCUCCUGCCCUUCCCUCAGCAUCAACGAGCCGCUUGCCUUGGCUUUAGCUGCACAAUCCCAGUUCCUGCUCAGUCCGUGAUGGAUGUAGUGCCCAGGAGAGCUGUCCCCAGGGAGCCAGCCCUGUGGCUGCUGGCUGUGUGUGACAACAGCUCGUGCUUCCUUCCCAUCCCUGAGGUUCAGAUCUUCCACGUGUGCUGGCGGGGGCCGGGCACGGUGGGUGGUGAGGAGUGCUGGCUUGCUCAGGGAUGAUUCCUUUUGAUCUCCAGGUGGGAUUGGGCAAUGAGGGGCUCACCACAGGGUGGUUUUUGUGCUGCCCGAAUCCCACAGUGAAAGCUUUUGCAUUGCAGAAUUAAUUGAAAAUUAUAUAUGCAAAUAACACGCUUUUAUUGCAUAGAUUCCAGUAUCUCCAGUUCAAUUUAAGCACUGGUUUUCCUUCCUGUCCAGCUGAGGAGCUCGGGCAGUGCUGAUGCCAUUUCCUGCCUGGUAACUUGUCACCUUCUUUGUACAGCAAUAACCCUGCAGUCCAGAGGGUCUCUGUGUUCCCAGAGCACUGGCUGAACCUCUGGAAGACUGUUUGUCAUGUGGAGGUGUGGAAGAAGUGUGGAUAAUCUCUUCUGCAAAGUGCCAGAGGCAGAGCUGACCCUUGCUCUGGGUAACAUGGAGAUGGACAUUGUGGGCUCACUGCAGGCCGUGUCUGGUGUCACAGUGUGGGUUUGGAUUCAGUCUCUGUUUCUGGUGGUGCUUUUUGUGUCAGGAUGUGUCAGGAGAAGGCCAGCAGAGAGUCCAGCAUCCCUCAGGCAGUCUGUCCCUGCCGAGGGCUCUCGCUGGCAAGGGAGCCAUUGCCUGGGCUCAGGGAUGCUGGAAUGUGCUGGUGGCAGUGUCAAUCGUGCUUCAAAUCUCUGUUCUGACUUCCAAACAGUUCUUAAUCCUCUACUUGAAUUCCCAUUAAACUCUCAAACCUGCUCUCCCCA